GCCGCCUUGCCUUGAAGUCAGUCCACUUUGAAACGUUGGACGGUGAGUGUCGCGCUCCACAUUACGCGCGUAAAAUGCUCGUGAAACGUCAAUGACGCGUAUCACUUGCAUCCCGUACCACGUUGUUCUUGUGCCCAUAUGUACCUGACUUGACCGCCAAGGUUGCAGUCGCGUCGCCGUCGUCGUCAUCGUAUCAUCGAUUACCGUGACUACAACCUGUCCGUCAAGACACUUGAACAUCGUACCGAAAAUCUAACGAUUCAUCCAUUGACUGAAGGUUGUGACAAGCGCGCGCGACAGCAUGGAUCGAUCGUCCAAGUUGAUUUUACGGAAGUUCAUCGUAGACUUCCUCUGCGUAAUUAUCGUGGGUAUCGCGGUGCUGAUGUUUUACCUAUUUGGCAAACCAUACAAACGCGGCUUUUUUUGCAACGAUGAGUCACUCUAUCAUCCGUAUCACGAAUCCACUAUUACGAGCCCGAUGCUGUACGUCAUCGGCCUUUGCCUUCCUACAUGCACGAUGUUGAUAGGAGAGUAUCUGCACGCGAGACACUUUUCCGGACAUACGGCGAAGGUGCUCUUCGGAUACACAAUACCUCCAUGGCUGUGGAACGGUUAUGAAAAGAUUGGUGUAUUUGUUUUCGGCGCGGCCUGCACCUCUUUAACCACAGACAUCGCGAAAUACUCCAUAGGCCGUCUACGACCGCACUUUAUGAAACUAUGUGUACCCAACAUUGACUGCAGCUUGCCUGAAAAUCAGCACAGAUACAUCGAGCAAUUUAACUGCACCGCGAGCGGGGUUUCGACCAGAAUGCUAAAGGAAAUCAGAUUAUCGUUUCCCUCCGGUCACUCGUCCUCCUCGGCCUACACCAUGAUCUACCUUGCGAUGUAUCUACAAUUAAGGAUAAAGUGGAAGGGCAGCAAAUUGCUUAAGCACUUGCUUCAACUGCUGUGUUUGCUCAUGGCCUGGUUUACCGCUAUGUCACGAAUUUCCAAUUACAAACACCACUGGAGUGAUGUUCUCGCCGGAUCUACUCUUGGCACGAUCAUCGCUUUACUUGUGGCGCACUGCAUAGCAGAUCUCUUCAAGGAGGAGAGAGAGAGACACUGUUCUACGGAGAAGCAUCGACCUGCCGAUUACGAAACGGAAACUGGCGUCGCCGGCACACAGUUGUCUCUGGGAAGCUAAAAAGAUUUGCGGAUUUUUGUUCGGGGAACAUCAGGUCGGAUCUCGUCUGGAUGUACACGUCGGCGUAGCCUUCUUCAGCCCUGGACUCUCUUUAAUGCGCGACGAAUCCUAGACUUUCAAGAAUACUUUUUUAACUCCAAACAGUAAACUGCCUAACAUUGUUUUUCAGGAACGAAUACCGGCAUCUCACCGACGUGUUUUCGUGUCUAACGUUGUUAUAUAAACACUUGGAGUCCUUGUUAACGCUCUGCUGAUGUUGUACGGGAAAAGAGAGAAACAAAGAAAUAGAGUGCAAUGUAACUAAAGCUUGCGAAUAUUUUUUAUUUCGUUAAGCUUUGUUUUGUUGAUUAUGCGAAUUUGUUCGACAUGGAACGCGAUAUACUUUAUGUGCAGCGAAGAGCGACAAUUUCUCUUCUACUUUAUGCCUUCGUCUCUUAGCUUGUUGUAAUGUUCGAAGGAUAGAUGUACGCUUAGAAGCCUACGUUUGUGACCUAUCUUGCGAUGGACUGGCAAAAGAUGAGAAUAUCUCGUCGCAAAGAAUCAAUCGGUAUUGAUUGAAACGGAAAAGAAAAUUAUUUUCGUAAUUAAUAUUUAUAGAAUUUUAGAUAAUAACGAUGAAGAUAUAUUUAUUUCUUUACAGUAUAACAUAUAUUUAUUUUUAAUCGAGGAAUCGGUGCUUCAAAUCUGUUAAAUUUAGCAUAAUAGACCGAUCGUCUUCUCAAGAGAGAUUGUCCUUUUAUUACUAGUAAUGGAAAAUUGAUGAUCAGAAAUAUUAUUUUGUAUUAUAUUAGUAUAUUAUUUUAAUUAUACUGUUUAAAUUAUCUUUCACUCUUUAUUAUUUUAGCAGUUUAUCUAUACCGUGUGAUAAUUGAAAAGUAUGCACGCGUUAUAUACAAGAGAAUUUUAAAUACAUCUAGGAGCUUUUUGAUUUUGCUAUUUUGUAAUAGCAUCAAUGUUUUAUAUAAUGUUUUAUAUAUGUUGGCCUAUUCUGCAGAGCAGA